AUGGCGCUCAAGCUCAACGCUUCUGCUGUUUACUCGCGUCAGAACCUCCCAUUUUUCCAUAAAUCUCAGAGCAGCAUAUUGAGUUUCAAACCCGGUCGAUCUUAUCAAAAUGCUCCUAAAACAUUUUGCAGUAUGGACAUGGCAGCUGACAGGUCAGAAAAUCCUAGGAAAAUCACCGUUGGUCAUAUUGUGGACAAGGCACGGAAAUUGUGGGAUAAUUCUCCACAGCCCGUUAAAAGCUUCCCCUGGCACAGCACAUUGGACAAUUUCAUUCAACUUGUUCUUGAUCUAGUCUUAGCGGUUGUCAAAUACUUAUCUGUACCUUUGUUUGUCAUCACAUCUGUUAGUGAAAUGUCUUACUGUGCUCAUGAAAGGAAGGUGUACUUAGUCCCCUUUCCGUUUCUGGUCGGCGUUGUUGUUUCUGGUGUGCUGGUGGACGCAGCUCUCGAAUCAUCUCCAUAUCUGAAGAAUGUUGCUCAAGUCCCCUGGCAUCUGAUAGCUCUUAUAAUAUUUUUUGCGGUGCUCAAGUUUCCGGGGCCUUAUUACCCGUACUGGGGACGUAUUUUAAUACCGCACUUUGCAAAUGGGGCUUUAUGGAGGACUUUAUGGUUCAUGUUCCUAUGGUACCGCAGGCCCCUAAAGACGUCAGAAAACAACCGACCCAAUCCUUCUAUUGUUGACAAAAAUUCUAAACCAGACGGGACCUAG